UAUCUGGAAUAGUUUCCAGUGACAGCUUAUCCAUGGAAAUGUGAUCCCGUAAGUAACGUGGUAAACAGAACCGGCGCGCUGCCCGUGUGUUGAUGGGUCGCCUGUCCGUCAGUGCUGUGCGGGUCCUUGGCAGUGCUUACAGGAUCGUUAAGGCCAGCACCAGAACCAUGAGUGCUUCACCACCCCAGUCAGAGUCCGCCCAGACACAGGGCCAGAGCAGCACCAGGGCUAAGUGUCUGUUCUGCAGGAUUUGUGAUGGCCUGGAGCCCAGCAACAUUGUCCAUCAGGAUGAGGAGUUUGUGGUGUUCCCAGACAUCCGGCCAGCGGCACCUCACCACUUCCUGGUGGUGACACGGGAACAUAUCACAGAUCCCAAGUGCCUCACCAAGGAGCACAUCCCCACAGUGGAGAAAAUGAUGGCAUUGAGCAAGGAGGUUCUGGUCACACAAGGAGGAUCGCCGGACACUGCCAGGCUGGGCUUCCACUGGCCACCCUUCCACACCGUGAGCCACCUCCACCUCCACAUCAUUGCCCCAGAGAGUGAGAUGGGCUUGAUAGGCCGGGCAAUGUUCAAGGCCAACUCCUUCUGGUUUGUCACUCCGGAGAAGGUUAUUGAACAGUUACAAAAGAAGGCAUAGUGUAUGGUGAGUGUCUAGAGCUGAAGAGCCAGCCAGCCAGCCAGCCAGCCAGCCAGCCAGCCAACGAAUUAGUCUGUGUGUGAUAAUAUAAGAGAAUGCCUAUGGACUCAAGAUUAUCAGAAAUUUAAGGUGACACAAUGAGGUAACUAUUGGGGCUAUACGUGCUCAAAGCUAGGCUAGGGAGGAGGAUAAUUUUGUUUUGUAUUUUGGGAAGUAAUGUCUUCGUCAGAUAGAGGAUGAGCAUAAGAAUAAUGGUAAAACUGGUUUGUUGACAGAUAUUGGGUAGAAGGUAUGUAUAGGUAGAUGUAGAAAUACCUUUUGUGGGUAAGUUGUAUUAUUGUAAUUUUGAGAAUAUGAAUCAUAUAUUAUUCCUCUUUAUAUCAGGUGUAGUGAACAAAUAUGACAAUAAUGAGGUUUCCAAUAGAAGUUUUGUAGAAGGUAGAGCAAAGGUUCUCAAAUUUGGGUGCCACGGACAGUGCCUAGGGGUGCCACAAGAUAAUGAAUUUUGAAUCAUUAUUUUUUUUUCUUUUUGUGUUAGUCUGCAUUUAUAAUUCUGAAGUUCAUCUAAUUUGACUGAUGAGUUCUGUCUGGGCAUGUACUGUACCAUAUAUUAUUUCUGGUUUGAGUAUGGAUAAUAAUUUCAAUUCAUUAAUUACAGUAAUUUAAACAGGUACAAUUGUGUAAAAGAAGUUAAUUCAUAUGAGGAGGGGGGGGGUGAAAAAGGGAUGCCACAAAACAGUUUAUAUAAGUUCAGGGUGCCAUCACUGAAAAAAGAUUGAGAACCUCUGGGGUAGAGUAUGGAGAAAUAAUGUGGGCAAGUUGCAUCCUAGUUGUACAUAAAUCACAUUACUAAUAUCUUCUUUGCUUCCGUAUCGGAUAUAAAAAAUUAGUGUUACAAUUACGAGUAUCUGAUCAAAGUCUGGUAGGAGGUAGGCACAGAAAGAAGCCAUAAGGGCAAGUUGUAAUCUAGCAUGUAAGUAAAUAGAUAAUAUAUUCCAAGUGUCUGUAGUGAUAGGGUUUGUUAAGGUCACGAUUUUGGCAUGGGAUGAGGAAGCCAUUGUUAGGGAAAGAGAGAGAGAGCAGAUCAGUGGGUGGUGCCUGCAAUGUGGGGUCUGUCUAGCAAGCUUUCCUUAUAAAUCCGCACAUGUUCUAUUAUGAUAUGUUAUGCACUUUGUAAAUGCCACGACAAUUAGUGACUAUAUCGGGAACUACUCGGGAAAAUUGAGCUGAGGUACAAAAAUUAAUGUUAGAACUUUAAAAAGGCUUAUUGAUAUUCAUAUUGUCAAUGUUUGUAUGUUGAUGCCUUAUCUCGGUUUUCUGAAGUAACUUUUGACCUGAUAUGAGUCCUACUAAUUGGAGUGGUAGGUGUGAAUUGGUGAACAUAGUUGUAUAUUAUGGAUACUACUUCAAAUCCAUUACAUUUACUUAUAUCUUCGUGUGUGUGUGUGUGUGUGUGUGUGUGUGUGUGUGAUAUAUUAAAGAGGUGUCGGCAGUGUCUUGCCUUCGUAGGUGCUUCUCUUGUUGAAGGUGGUGUGUUUCUUGGUGAUAUUACUCGGCUGUUGUUCUCAAGGGCAUCUAAAGUUUACUAUUAUCAACUGAAUUAUAUUGUUUUUUCGUGUCUGGGAGCAGUGAACGUCUCCUUAAUAUUAUGCAAAAUAUCAACUAAAAGCUUCAUUUUCAAG